CUCCAAGCCCGCUGGUGGUGGCUACGGCGGUGGCUACGGCUCCGGCUACGGCGGUGGUGGUGGUGGCUACGGCGGUGGCUACGGCGGCCAGGGUGGCUACGGUGGUGGCUACGGCGGCCAGGGUGGCUACGGUGGCGGCUACGGCGGCCAGGGUGGUUACGGCGGUGGCUAUGGUGGUCAGCAGGGCUACGCCGGUGGUCAGGGUGGCUACGGCGGCCAGCAGGGCUUCAGUGGCCAGCAGGGCUUCGCCGGUGCCCAGGGCGGCUACGCUGGUCAGCAGGGUGGCUUUGGUGGCCAGCAGGGUGGCUACGGUGGUGGUUACGGCGGCCAGCAAGGCUUCCAGCAGGGCGGCGACCAGGGCGGUAAGUGCUUGCGGCGGCUACGUUGGUUUCGGCCAAUUUCUGACUUGGCUUCUCGUGUUUCAUGACCUCCAUUUAUCCUCCCGUUCUCUCAAUUCCGCUGCUUCAUUCUCGAUGUCGUUGAACAUUCGAUAUCUCGCUCGGUUUCAAUUUCCCGUUGCCGUAUCAUUCCGAUUCUUCCACCUUAUCGGCCUGCUCGCGGUUCCGUUCCACUCCAGGUUACGGCAGCGCACCCCCGCAGCAGGGCGGCUUCAACGGUGGUGGCUAUGGCGGUGCUUAUCCCCUUCUCCGUUCAAGGCCGAACUAAAGCUGACAUCACAGGCAACCAGGGCGGCCAGGGCGGUUACGGCCAGUACUAAGCUACUUGAAUUCGACCAUGUGUUCGCUGUAUCAGUCUUGCGUUGAUCGAUGUGUUCCGAAUCUGUCGUCUCCCGUUCCCAAAAGUCGCUUCCAAGUUUCAAAGUUUCCCAAUCUGUGCCCGACCGCAAUCCGUCCAUUCUGUGCUGCCAUCUCCCUCGUUCCCAUCUUCUCUUGCCUCGGCUUCCCGGCUCGACCCGUUUCAGACCCGUUUACUGUUCUGUCCCGUCCGUCUGUUCUGGUUACAAGGCUUUCUGCAAGGCUCAUCACCCACCUGUACUAGAUGGCUUUCGUACGCAGUCUAGGCAACUGUGACUCUGUAGUCUCCUCUCCCCCCGCGAUCGAUGCACCAGAUGAAAGGAUCGUCUAAGCUAC